GCAUUUUCAAUUUUCUCGCGUUUUCCCUUCUCAAUUUCAUCACUCUCAUCAUUCUCAUUCUAAUUUGAACGUUCGGGUCGUGAUUCUUUGCUCGGCACACGUUGUGCCGAGGCAAGUUGAUAUAAAUGUAGCUUAGCGGCAAGCUUUUCAGUCUUCGGCGAUCCUCUGAUAAGAUUUAGGUGAUAAGCUUUGAAAUUUCUCUCGUGUAAUAGCUGUGAUAGGAUGAGAAGGAUGAGGAUGAGUGAGAGGGAGAGGGAGAGGGAGUAGGAAGGGAGGAAAAGAUGGAAAAAUUGAUUACAGGGCUGGAAGAAGCCAGCGAGUACGGCGCGAGGAGAUCGCGGGGCCCUCCUCUGAAAAAAGGGGCUCCGCGCGAGAAGGGGCACGCAAACGUACCCCUGGACCCGUCGUGGUGUUGUCCGCCGGGGGUGGCGGUGGUGGUGGGGGCGGAGGUGGGUGCAGACGCCGUGACUUGGAACGACGCGGAGGUGGCGGUCGGGGAGCUCCCUGUCUUGCCACCAUCAGCUCCUCUGUCGCGGGGAGUGCAGGGGGUUGUGGCCCUGUGGUGGGGCUACCCUCCUAUAAAAAGCGUCAAGGACACGAACGUGUCUCUGGCCUGCGAUUUACCCAAAAAUAACGCUUCUAACGUCAAGACACGUUCCGCGUCGGGUCAACGCGUUAAUCAGCCGUUAAUGUUUAGGCAGUUUAGAGUAACGAUCCGUACUGUUGGAGAGGCGAUGAGGUUUAAACGUAACUCGAUGUGUAAUGUCGAAGGUACCGGUACCGGCUGGGGUCGAGGUAGCCGGGGCCGUGGCAGAGGUCGCGGGGGCGGCGUCAGCCUUCUCGGUUCAGGCGUCGCCCCCGCGAAUUACUCCUCAGCACUGCAGGGCGUAGCACCUGACCUACGAGAAGUAGUGAACAUUCUUGGCGAGAGGAACCAGGUUGGCACACUGACAGGCGUGGGACCACCACCGGGAGCCUUGGACAGCGAUGGCCAAGGGGACGAAGAGGAAGGCACCUCGACGAAAAGACCACCGCGACCCCUCUACAGAAGGCUGAUCAAUUACGUUCGACAAGCGUGGACCGGCGUGAAAUUCGCUUUAGACUCGGAGUACGAAGAGGAGCAGACCCCGAGGUACAGACCCGACUCUUUGGCGAGUCUUUGUCGAGCCACGAGAUUCACCGAGGCAGAGCUGAAGAGAAUAUAUCGCGGUUUCAAGGCAGAAUGUCCCACGGGAGUCGUCAGGGAGGAAACUUUCAAGUGCAUCUACUCACAGUUCUUUCCGCAAGGAGGACUUCGUUACUGGUCUCAGCAUACUGUCACGUGGUUCCAUCGAUGAGAAACUCCGCUGGACAUUUUCCCUUUACGACAUCAAUGGCGAUGGUUGCAUCACCAGGGAGGAAAUGACGGACAUCGUGACGGCUGUGUACGAGCUGAUGGGGAAAUUUGCUGAUCCGAAUUUAGACCACGAAGGCGUACGAGAGAAAGUAGAUCGAAUAUUUCAGAAGAUGGACGGGAACAAAGACGGAGUGGUGACGCUGUCUGAAUUUUUAGAAGCGUGUCGCGCCGAUCCUGAUAUUUCGACGAGCAUGGCAGCUUUAGACACGGCCUUCUGACACUCGGCGCGGCCACGAUACUUGCCAUGGACCUGAAGAGAUUCUGUCGAUUUGGGAAUAUAUCGCUCAACGUUGUACCUUACCUCCUGGACCAGGGGAAUGAGUUUCCUCAAGGUGUAUUACUAGAUGAUAGACUAGCGUCUACGUGUGCGAAUUUCCAGAGUCGAGGGGCGUCUCGAGGGAAAACGAUGUAGAUUUUUCCCCUGUAACUUGUUGAAACACGGUUAAGAGCAUAACGGUUAGUCGCGUUAAAGGAUCCGAAUCGCGGAACAAUGCUUCUGCACGUGCGUUUUGGGUGUGUAUCCACGUCACACAGACGACACGCUCUAAGAUCCAAGAAACCUGUGGUCCUAACAACGCACUAGAGAUUGUACUUUCGAGAUUCGUAGUCCUAGUUAUUCAGUAUGCGUAUCGCUAGGUAAGAGAGCAGAUUAGAUGAGAGGUCGUUAAGCAAAGAAUAAGAAAAAAAAAAAAA